UAUAUAUCAAACAAAACAAAAAGAAAAUUGACCAAACAAUAAUCAAAAUUUUAACUUGUGAUAUAAAAAAUGAAUUAGUGGAAAUCCAAUGUUUUGUAAGUGUUUAAACUAUUUUUUUGCAAUACUAGUUUGUUGAUGCUCCAUUAUGAUUUAUUGUUAUUGUUUAUGUCACAUUUGAUGUAGUCUUUUAUUGAAGUACAAGAAUGCGCACUAAGUUGUAGCUUUACUAAUCUAUAAUCGUCUAUUGUUUAUUAUUACAGCAAUAAUAAUAAUUUAAUCAAUCAGAGGAGAAUAUAAAACAAAUUUCGUAGUGCUAAUCCAAACUAAAUGGUUUUUUGUUUCUAUUUUGUUUUCAAUUCUGGUAAACAUAUAAUAAACAUAACCAUUUGCAUAAGUAAUACGUACACAUAUACAAAUAUAACUACAAGUAAUAAUACAUAUUAAGUAUACAUAUUAAAAAGCAAAAUGUACAAUGUAAAACAUAUAACUGUUUAUGUAUAUCAUACAAAAUUAAAACAUUACAAAUAAACUCAAUAAAUACACCGAAGGCACGAUUUUCAAUCAACUAAAUCAUAAAUCUUCAAAUACAUAUUACUUGAAAUCAGUCUUGGAAAGCGCCACAAACUGCGCGCUCUGCAAUUACACAUCUCUGUAAACUUUAAUACAUUUAACCACUGUUAUUAUCGUUUUCACAUUUCAAGUGCUGCCCAGUGCGAAUAAUGGCUGAUGAGUAAAUAUCGAUAGGCAAUCGAUCAUCACUAAGGCUAACAGACGAGACUGUUUGUCUGCAGCGCGAACUUUCGCGCGGAUUUCAUUCCGUUCAGUACUUGAGUAAAACUCGCAGACUAGACAGCUUGGCGCUCGCGGGUUUUUCUUCAGGCGUUACUGAAACUCAUUUUUUGGCGCAAAGUUAUUGAAACUCGUUAGAAAUGAAUGAAAAUACAAUCGACGCUGAAGAUCAGCAGCUAAACUAUAACUUGCAAAAGCUUAACUCGGAAUUGUGCUUCUUGAUUGACGACCAACAACCUGUGCAGAUUGCGGGUUGCAGCAAAGGCGGUGCUGCUAAGAGCGCUUUGCAAGAAUUUAAUCCCAGAGUGCACGAAUUAGCAUUCGAUUCGAGUGCUCCACAGUUUGAGUUUCAUAGAUUUGGUUGCAUUGAGUCACGGCUCAUGGGAAGGCGUCAGAUCCUAUCGAGCAACACUGAUCAUCAGAAGAAGCCUAAAUCAAAUGCGAUCCAAUAUGCAAACCUACUGCAAAAAGAGAACAUAUCGGUGGAGCUUACCAUGGACCAGAUUAAGUUUAUUGAGCUGUUUGGCAACUGCCGCGAGCGUAAUAUUGUGUUGCGCCUGAUCAACUUGUUCAAGUCGCUGCAUGAGCUUCUCAAUGCAGACUUUCCCAGUCAUCAGUUGAACUCAGUACCGUCCGAUUAUGUUUUCGAGUUGCCCAGCAAGCACACCAAGCCGAAAAGUUUGAAUCUACGGCAUCAAGUGCAUGUGGUUUGCACCAAGUUGGAUCGCUUCAUUGGACGGCUGCGUCGCAUACUGGAGUCCAAUCGUCACUUCGAUUACACCAAGUACGUUGAAUGCGAUCAGUUAAUCAAUGGAACCGCGCAGGGCCUCCGAAUUCUUAAGCAAUUCACAAAUGUUGAAAUGCGUCAACGCAAUUUGCAUCUUAUCGGUCGUUUGGCAAACGAGAAUGCUGCUCAGAUGGAAAUAGUGAUGGAAGAUCUGCAAGAGCGUUUGAAGUCUGCUCACAUUCACGUGUAUGUAUUCAAUUGGGAAAUGGAUCUAGAGCAUCGUUAUUCAGCAACCAUGACAGCCAGUCUCGAGGAGAUGAAUAAGAAUGCUUUGGCAUUGGCGGCCGCAGAGUCGCAUGCGGAUCAGUGCCGUCAAUUUAGUAUUGAAGAACAGCUCCUUGCCGAGCAGUAUCAGCUGCGCAACGUGCUCAGUUGUGCCAAGGAACACGAGGACUUUUUAACGGCACUCCUCAACUCACCCGAGAACUAUUUCCCACCCGAGAUCAUUGAUUUGUGCCAACCACCCAAGAUCAUGAAUAAUAUUUACUUGCCACCUUUGCCACCUGUAUUUAUCGAUGAGCUUGCAGACGGCAUAGAGAACAUGGUCUUUGGUGUCGACAUUCUCGGCUUGGCACCAUCAUCACCGCCCAGAGUCAAUCAUCGCUCCCAUGUUCCCAAAUGUAAUCGGGCUUAGAGACUCGAGCGAGACGGAAAUUGUUUACAUUGAUUAAACAAGUCACACAUAAAAGCAACAUAUUUGUCGACAAUUUAAGAACGGAAUGAAUCGCAUCAUAGAUUAUAAUCACCAUUGAAACUUAAUGCAGAAGAAAGUAUUUUUAGUUGUAAUUGAAAUUGAAUUAAUUUUGAAAUACUAUUUUUAUUUUUAAGUAAAUUAGCAGAAGCUAUAAACCCAUAUUACAUUAUACGAUUUUAAUGAAAAGACAUGUUUAAAAUUAACUAUUUAUCUACAAUUUAGGGAAUGUUCUUGCACUUAAUGAAAAUGUGUACAAUAAAACAGAUUUGUUUCAUCCUAAAA